UUUACUUUUGCUGUUCGAUGGUGCAGUCACGUGUUUCCUCGCUUACCAUUCCUUUCCCCUUGUGUUCUCUUCCACCGUCGCUUUUCCUCUCCGCACACGUGACUUGAUAAACGGCUGGAGCCCCUGUGUUGUAAAUGCCUCGCAUGCUGUAUAACUAAACAGCCCUCAUUUUGCUUUGCUAGUUUAAAAAAGCCUCCCUAAAGGCAUUUGUACAAUUAGCCUAUGUGCCAAUAAACCGAAAUGUGUUCAGUUGUCAAACCUAAAAUUAUCGAACAUGGGAACAGGUUGAAAUGUGUUAAAGGUUUAAUAAGUCUUGAAAUAAGGGAAAAAAUUUUUUUGCAACGGCGGAUUUAAACGACUAGAGUUUGUAAUAUUGCUCUUGUUUUUUCUGCGGCUACAACCAUGUUUGUGAUGGGGAAAAGUACCGAAAAAAAAUAAAUUUUGACCGGAAAAAGAACAAAUUAAUAUUUUUUAUUUGUCUUCUUAUCGUAGUUACCAUACGAGCUCGGUGACGAGAAUCAAGGGUCCAAUUGACAUGUUGGUUGGUUGAAUAAACAUCUUUGUUUGCUUGUUUGUUUAUUACAUGUGCCAGUUUGUGUUCUUGAAAGCUUAAAUUCAAUUUACUACCUAUUUUUUGUUAUCUGAAGUAAAACAGGAAAUGAAAAAGAAAUACGAACGAUUCCUUAAAAGAGUCGGCUCUUACGCUUUUCUUCUCAAUGCCAUACGAUCACCUUCUGUACCGUCGACUCUAAUCCAUUUCCUGUACCAGCCCCCUCCCCCUCCUAUAGUAUCACCACGUACAUAUAUGGUUACAUUAAUUCUGCAUGCAGUAUAUAUCUUCUUUGUAUCCUCUUCUCCUACAAAUAUCUCAUUGCGGGUGUCUAUCUAUUCCUUUCCCUUUUCUUUUGGUCGGUCGUUUCGUCCCCGUUUUCAAUUGGUUCCUUUUCCUUUCCUCUAUAUUUAAACCAUUCUCUUUUAUGGUAGAAUUAUAUUCCCUAACGACACAUUAGGAGAAAGAGAAUACAUUAAACAAUACAAUGGUUAAGAGUUCACCGGUGUUAAAUUCAUACAUAUUGGUGCAUUUUUUUGAAUGAUUAUACCUUUUGCCUUUCAUACGUAACAAAAAAAAACAACUCUCUUUCUCCAACAUUUUGUUCUUUGUUCAGCUUUUUUAUUAUUUAAAGUGAAUUGGCUUUUAUUAUUGCAUUUUUGGUAGCAUUAUCAUCAGGGUUCUGUAGAGAUAGUUAAUUAUUGUUCAAUUUUUUCCCAUUCUUGGCCGGGUUUUCUGAAGAAAAACGUGAUUAAAAAAGGCAUUUCCUUCUAAGGAAACCCUUUUAUACCAUUGGGGAAAUCCAAAUUGCGUCAAUUGUCAAUUUAUUCAGAUUGCCCUGCUUGGAGAGAGCCUGCUCGCCUUAAGUUUAUUCUACCCUAAAUUGGAAUUCUUUUUCUUACAUCCUGUUUUUUCUGCGGUUACCUGUAUGUAAAAAAGGACAUGUGGAGCGUAAGACUUGCACUGUAAGAAGAACUUACCAGGGUUUUUAGAUCUAUACUGAAAGCAUCUGCAAUAUAGUUAUAUGUUACCUUUUCUUUUAAUUUGAGGCGAAAUUGCGGAUUUACUUGGUCGUUAGCUCGCGGUUUUACUUCAUUUAUUUUCCCCCUUUUUACCAAAUACCUCUUGUUGGUAAAGUGCAAAAUAGCAAUCUGAGAGUAGCAAUAUUUUUGCAGUAUUGCUCUAGUUAAAAAAAAAACAGGACUAGUUAAAAAAAAACAGCAAUACUAUCUUGCGCCAAGGGGAAACACGUGAAAAAAUUGGCGCUAAUUAGUCAUUUAACUUUUUUCUUCUUUUUCUUAGAAUUUCACAAACUUCAUUGAAAUAGUUUUUCUGUUGUUACGAGUUGAUCAUAAUUUCAAUCUUAGUAUAUCGUGUUCUAACUAAUCAUUGGCCAUUUGCAUAUUCAGUUUUGAAUAUAUUAUUAGAAUUUGACCUCAUAGUUGAUAGUAAAUUUAAUGUUAAAUUUGAUUUUGUGAGUCUAAGUUAAUUUUUGGUCGGCAACAAAAUGAAAGGACUUGCAAGGCUGAUUUGAACCGGUGACACUUUUGAGUCAAUCAGAUAGAUCUACUCUUAUCUUCUGAGACGAAACUAGUAUUGAAUUAGCGCCCUAACUCUCAAAGAAUUAUACCAGCACGAUUAUUGUUUGAUCUCAAAAUGACUCAAAAACUCAAUUAUCAUUUUUCUGAAACUAUUUAGUAAAUUUUGGGAAUCAUUAUUGUACCAAAUUUUCAUCAAUUCAUCCUCAUUAUUUGAGUUUGAAAUUUAUUUCUAUUUUUCUGGCUAUCACUUUGUUUUUUUUUUGCUGAUAAUCAACCUGAUUAUGGCUGUAAUUGUUUUACACAAUCCUGUUUAUACUUUUCUGGCCUUAGCUGUGUUUAUUUCUUUAUAUGGAAAUCUACAUUAUGUCAAGGCUUCUGAUUUGUCCACGAUUCGAAGGGAGAUUAUGAAAAGCGCGUCCCGUCAUUUAGGCUCUCCUGAAAACUUGGUUUCCGAUGGAUCCAUCGAGGAAUCAUCAGGAACUUUUAUCGUUGACCUGCUAAAUGGAAAAGUCUUCAGGGAGGGGCAAGAAGAUACACCUUUGGGUGACAUUAAACCCUUGAUUGAGAAACAAUUUCCUCCGCGGCCCGCACCUUCCGAUGAGUCACGAGGCGGACGGUCGUCGAGGUCUAGGGGGGACAUGAAGUCGGGGUCCCAAUCAACUUCUGAUGAUAAAUUUCCGCACGAGGGUAGCGACAGAUGUGUAGUGUUCUAUAACACACAACAGCUAUGUGGGGUUUACACGCUGCCCUGGGCCGAGAACGGGUCUGCGCGAGUGUGUGGAGCCCAGAAUCUCUUACCCCCUCCCCCCAUGCCGGGGGUGCACGCCACUUCGAGAGCUACAUUGUACUCGCUACUUAGUAUCGUCAGCAUUUCUGGUAACUUUCUUCUGAUACUGGCAGUAUUAGUCAGCGCUGGACUGCAGAAACCUAUCUACUGGCUUCUAGCCGGACUCAGCUCAGCCUGCGUUCUCCUAGUGGGCAGUGAGGCAGUCUUACUAGUUCCCCCCACCCUGCAGGUGUACGAGGAACAAUGGCUGUUGGGGGAGUUCCCUUGUUAUCUGAGUCAUACUCUGUCGCUGGUCGCAACUGUCGCGUCUACCCUUUUCAUUCUGCUAAUUGCACUCGAAAGGUACUUUGCGAGCAAGACCUCCAACUCCUCGGCGUCGUCUUCUUCGACACCUGACGCCUCUAGUACCUCAUUCCCCACCUCCCCCGUCUCCUCUGUUUUGACAGUAAAGGGUGCCCAAGUAAGUGGGAGCAUCACGUGGCUUCUAUGUCUAGCGUACGGCUGCUGUUGGGUUCCGUUUCUGAAAUACGACUCAUGUAUUCUCUCAGAUGGAUCCCCAAUCAACAGGUGUCAUCUGCGACGCCUCGACAUUGCGAGGGCCGUCAUGUCAGUCACUGAAGGAUUCUUUCUACUUGCUCUUCCGCUGGCUGCUGCAGUUAUACUUUUGGUUCAAACAACAGCAACGGCUCCUAAACCAAGACCGCAACCGCACCCCAUAAUCUCAAACCAAACUCAAAACAACCUUCACCAAACCCAAGCAAACAGACUAGGAAACCCUGCAAUUAAUGCUUUGCAACUUGGACGCCCUAAUUAUACUCAACCUGUUGGCGGGUUUUCAGGAGGACCUAGAGCAAGUACACGUCGGGUGGUGAGUUCUGGGUACCUGAUGAAUCAACGCUUCGCGAUGCCUCCCUCAUCAUUGACGUCAAAUUCAUCUUCGCUCUCAUCUUUCCCUCGCAACUCCAUGCAGAGACGAAAACGAAACGACAAAGCAGUCACUGACAAAACAUACAAUCUGGUUCGUUUGAUGCUCUAUGUGUUGGUAUCCUACAUCAUGCUAGCCGCUCCUAGAAGACUCAUGCACUUGUAUCUCACAUCCUCGCCCCCCGAUUCCUCGUUUUCCUCCCCGACCUCACAGUCCAGUUGGUACCUGGCCCAAACAGUUCUGCACUGUCUUCUGUUUUUGAACACUGCAAUAUUUCCCUUCUUGGUAUUGAGCAUGUCUGCUAAUAUGCGAAGAGCAGUUCGAAAAUUGUUGACACCUCACAGCACUAGAGGGCGACUGUUCACACACGAGGCUUCGGCUCAUGCUGUUGCCAGACGUGCCCGGGAAAUGCACACAAUCACAGGAGGAGUAAACACAGUGGGAUCCUCCGUCGGCAGUCGUGUCACCCCAACCAACCCUCUCGUCAGAGUCCGAAGGGCGGUAGACAACUCCUCAGUUCUCAGACCAAAUCGCGAUAAUGCAGGAAUAAUUAAUGACACUGUCACAGGCGGCAAUCAACCUGGGACAUCCGGAGAUCCGAUAUCAGCCGGAGCGAGUAUUUCAUUCAUACAUGUGAGUCCGAGUGGUCAGAAUCUAAACCGACUCUCUUCGGUUUCGAUGUCGAGAAGUGUCUCGGUGAACAGUGGCGGAAGCAACAGUAAUCGAAACUCAUCGGCAAGCUCAGAUAGCAUGCACAGUUACGACCCGAACAACACAGAAGACUCGGUUUUUUACUCGUUCGCCCCUCCGCUAGCCCUAAACAACCCAACGACUACCCCCACAUCCUCGACCUUGUCCCCUCCCCCUUUACCCGCCAACCACCCCCUUCUAAAUUUGAAAACCGGUCAAGGGCUUCGAUUGAGUACAAUGCAACAAUCGUUAAUGUCCAGUUCGCCCCAACGAAAUAAACCCGCCCCUGUCAGGAUGACCGGGAAGAUCUCGGCUGCAUCAAGAAUCCCCCAUCCUUUUGAUCGUGACUCGACCAAUUCGUCCUCUGAUUCGAAAGGAGUCGCUUUAUACUCUCGUUCCGUGAGUCACCCCCCUAUUAACAGCCGAAGCACUGCUAACCCUGUUUCGUCAUCUGAUGCGUGAAUACGAAAACUGACGUACCUAUUUUCGGAGCAAAGACUCAUUUAAAAUGACCUAAUACUAAUUGAAAUUUUAAAACUUAACUAGGUUAAUUUGAUUGUCUUUAAAUUGUCUCAUAAUCUACUUGGUUUUAAUUCUACGAAUCGACAGUAAAAGUCGAACUGACUGUAAAUGUACGUGCAAUAGUAGUUUUACUCAGUGUUUUCAUAUAAUAUGCUUGUUGUAUGCCCGUAGUUGUUGAAUUUAUUAGCAUGAAUUCCAA